UUGAUUAAUCUCCAGGAGGCCUUUUCUGCAGCAAAAACAUCCUUCCGUGCCUACCGAAACCGUAUUCGCGCGCAGUUUGCUUCCAGGCCGCCACCCCGAGCACCUUCUGAUGAAACUCUAGAGGAGGCUGUUCAAUCGCAUGUAAACGUGCACGCUUCCCACGCGAUUGACUUGGCCGGGCUUUCACGUGAAGUAACUUGGGCCCUGGAGCGCCAACAUUCCAAACUAAAACGGCCCUCAGGACCUCUCGGCUACGGAGCUGUGAGCGCGUUCAUACGCGAGGUAUGCCUACUUGCUUGGGAAUGCUGCUCCCUAGCUCAACCAAUCGACGUCUAUCGGCCAGCAACAGACAACGAGUUGAUAGAUGAGACCAAGUAA